GCCAUGCGAUCUACGCGGUCUCGGUGAGUCCAAUUGUUGCCCUUUUCCGAGGUUCAGCUGUUGUUCUCUUCUAAUACCUAGGCGUACUCCCGUGCAGACUGUUCCUAUUACGAAUCUUCAAGGAGACGUUCGCGCCCAGAGUACAUCGAACAUCUAGAAACCCAACUAUUCUACCUCAAGACGAUUUUCCGCACCGUCUGGCCCUCGAUUGACGUGGACCGUCUGAUCAGCGAGAAGAACCCAGAACAACUGCUCGAGGAAGUCACUCGCAACACGCGAUGGAGCACCGAAGAAGUCAGCGGAACCCUCCGGUCGUUAGCAAAUGGGGAUGGUGGUCGCGGGAUAUUCCUGGACACAAUGAUUGAACGAGGAGGGUGUCGGAAAGGAGGCGGAGCAUGGUGCAAUACUUACCACAGCCAUUGCGGACGUCUGGCCCUGCUCUGUACUAUCAGAGACCGUUGCAGUCAGAUGCUCACCAACUCGCUACAACAAAUAUUGCUUCAGAUGGAUUUGCGGGAAGCCUUCGGGUGGCAUCGGUCCAUCUCUCCGUUCCAUCUGGGAAACCGCAUAAUGUCUGACACGGGUGUACUACCGACGAAGAGCAGAGCAAAGGAGCUCGUCAGUAUUGCUGUGGAAAAUGCAUUCUGCCUUCUCACGUUCAUUCAUCGACCCUCCUGCGAUCGAGCCAUCGACCGACUCUACGAAGACUCGGCAAACGGAAUAAGCGUGACUGAGGAUAAGGAGCUGCCUCUUCUCAUUAGUCUUUGCGCGCUAGGUGAGCUAUUUAGUGGUGGUGAAGACCGAAGCGAGGAGUAUUUCAGACUCGCUCGACAAUUACUAGAUUUCGCCGUGUGCAGAGACAUCUCCUCACUACAAGCGAUUUUGACUAUCGCCAUUUACCUACAGUCGAGAUCGAUGGCUCUGACCUGUCGCGACUUUGUCAGCGCUGGUGUUGCUGCGAUGCGACGAGUGCGCGAGACGCACUGCAUUGAAGGAACGGAGGACCCUAUUGCCAAAGAAGUUUUGAAGCGUUCAUUCUGGACUCUUUGGACCUUGGAUGUCUAUCUGACUUGUAUUCUCGGUCUCCCGAGGCUAGUGGACGAGGACAUAACGGACCUGGAUCUUCCCAGCGAAGUGGAAGACGAUCUCUCAUCGCGGAGCAAUUCUCGAGAAAGUCGAGAGAACCUCCUUAAGGAAAAGGCAUUAUUGACGGCUGCCAAUGCACACACUCGACUUACUAUGAUCCAGGAACGGAUCUUGAAGUGUAUCUACCCGGUCGACGAAUAUUCCUUCGUAUCCGAGAACACGUUUCGGGUCAACUACCAGGUGGUACUGAGCAUCGAAAAGGAAUUGGAAACUUGGUUUUCCGAAGUUAGCCGCAUGCAGUACCUGAGAGUACCGAAUGAUGAUAUACGACGAGCCGAGAUAUUGCUCCUCAUAGCGCAUUGCCGUGUGCAAAUGGCCCUCUACCUUCCGUUCUUGCAUCAUAUUCGCAAACCCAGUUCCGGGGAGAAUAGCUCGCAGAUCCAUUCCUUUGCCUGUGCGAUGGCAUGCAUCAAGGCGGCCAUGCAAGAGGUAUCACUUGCGGUGCAGUUACAGUCCCAAGGUCUUCUUGCGGGUUGUUAUUGGUUUCUUCCUUCCGUUACUUUCACGGCGGUGAUGACGCUGUUGAUGAGCGUAUUAGCGAACAGACGAGAUCCCAAAGCAUAUGAGAAACUCGAUGCUGCUGAAAAGGGGACAAAUGUUCUGGUUGAGAUUACCAGCAGUAGCCAGCCCUUCCGGGAGUGCUUAAACAUCCUGAUGGCCCUCAUAGGUGAACUCAAAGCAGGUCUGAAUGUGCAUGUCAUCUCACCAGAAUCGGGAACCUCCUCAGCAGCGAAUCUGGACAUCACCCAGGUGUCAGUGCCAACAUGCGAAGCACUGGGUACCUGGCCAGUUCUCACCGAACCCACUCAAAUGUCAGCGUUCAUGACAGAUCUUGACGCCGAUAUGUACAAUAACAGAUCUCCUUUCGCCCCCUCGGCCUUUGACUUGUAUGAUGCGAUUAACGGAUCAGGGAACCCGCCAUACAAUUUCUUUGGGCCCGGUGGGGCUUAUAUUGGAUGAACACCAGAGGGGAAUUAUUCUUCUUCAGUGGCCCUCUUCCACUUAUAGUAUAUACGAUUUAUGGCCAGGCGUUACUACCUUACAGGCGUUGGUGCACAGAAUUUCGGGAUCUUUUUUGGAUUGAAUAGCAUGACUACGCGUGGUUCCUAUUUGUUGUUUUCGUUUUCAAUGUUCUGGAGGACCUGCUGGUGAAUUCAAAAGCACAGUCUGGCAAAGGACCAUGACGUGCCUAUUUGAUCCUUGGAUAAUCCGCCAUGACAUGUUUUAUGUACAUGUAGAAAUCAUAUCCAGACUUAAAUGUCAAGCGUUAAGUGAACAUAUACGAGACUCACUUCUCAGUCAAUGCUAUCUACAUAUUAAACUGCAAGAAUAGAGAAUAUAUCG